AUGAGCGGGUGGCUUCCGCUCCAGCACGAAAUUCGAUGCAUCCUUGAAGACGCGGACAAGCCUCCAGACGAAGAUGACCCUUUUGAUCAAGGUGACGCGGAUGGUGACGAUCGAGACACGAUGCUCGAAGUUGUCAGCCAUAUCCGGGACUCCUUGUCCAUCGCUGCGAACCACACGCCAACGAGAGAGUCUACCUCUAUCCGUACCCCCGUCUUUCUUGGACACGGUGCUAUGGAUGAAAAGGUUCUCCCGUCCCUGGGGCAGGAGGCCUUUGAGACAUUGAAAGCCCUUGGGUUUACGACAGAGUGGAGGGGCUAUCAAGAUGAAGGCCACUGGUACAAGAUCCCCGAUGAAAUUGAUGAUAUUCUUGAUUUCAUUCGUGUCAAGGUCGGGUGGCUCGCCAAGCAGGAUACAUAA